AGCGCUGCUGGUGGGGAGUCUUGCUCACCGCAGCUGGAAACAACUUCCCCCGCUCCGCGCCCCUUCCCAGGCUCCUGCUAACUGCUCUCACUUGGCGGCUUGGAAAUUCUAGAAGUCGGGUUGCCAACCCUUGGAGAAGCACCAGUGCGAUGCAUUCCGUAGACCUCACCUAGCCGGGCCGGACCUCCUAAUCUCCAGAACAGCGGGCCGCAGGGAGUUAAUUUGCUGCCUUCCUCCGCUUCUCUCUUGCGGUUGCUGGCUUGUUUUCUAAAGGAACAUUUUAUUCACUUUUUAACAUUUUUCUGCCGGGAACACUCACUCGAAACCGCCUAGGUCCAGACGCUGCUUUGUAAACGGGUUUUCUAUGUAUGUUAACUGUAGAUCUACUUUGGACACCUUACAACGCUUGCGCCUCUCCAACUGGGCACAGCUUGUUGUUUUGGACAUUCUUCUUUCUAGUCCACUUGGUACCCGGAACGCAGUGUGGCCAAACUCACUACUGCCCCUUGGACGCUGAUCGUUUUGGGAUGCAAGUUUGGGGUGCAAGCUUCUAGUUAGUUAGAAGGGCUGGGACCGCCCCACUCCUGCUGCCAGUGGUCUGAGAAGUUUACAUCCGGAUUUUCACACAUUUGGUCGCCACUGCCCAGACUCUGACUAACCUUGUGGGCGCCAGGUUUUCAGUUCUGCAGCCGCCUCAACUCUUAGCACUGCCUCCCCGCGCCUGCCCUCCCUGCCGUCGAGGUCCUGCCCUCACACCGGCGGGCGGUGCGCGAGCCUGAGGGCACAGCCGAGCCCGGGGCCUGGACCCGCACGCUAAGCAGCUAUGGCUGCGGCUAUAGCCAGCUCCUUGAUCCGCCAGAAACGGCAGGCGAGGGAGUCCAACAGCGACCGGGUGUCGGCCUCCAAGCGCCGCUCCAGCCCCAGCAAAGAUGGGCGCUCCUUGUGCGAGAGGCAUGUCCUCGGGGUGUUCAGCAAAGUGCGUUUCUGCAGUGGCCGCAAGAGGCCCGUGAGGCGGAGACCAGAACCCCAGCUGAAAGGAAUUGUGACAAGGUUAUUCAGCCAGCAGGGAUAUUUCCUGCAGAUGCACCCAGAUGGUACCAUUGACGGGACCAAGGACGAAAACAGUGACUACACUCUCUUCAAUCUAAUUCCUGUGGGCCUGCGUGUGGUGGCUAUCCAGGGAGUGAAGGCCAGCCUCUAUGUGGCCAUGAAUGGUGAAGGCUAUCUCUACAGCUCAGAUGUUUUCACUCCAGAAUGCAAAUUUAAGGAAUCUGUGUUUGAAAACUACUAUGUGAUCUAUUCUUCCACACUGUACCGUCAGCAAGAAUCAGGACGAGCGUGGUUUCUGGGACUCAAUAAAGAAGGUCAAAUUAUGAAGGGGAACAGAGUGAAGAAAACCAAGCCUUCAUCACAUUUUGUACCAAAACCUAUUGAAGUUUGUAUGUACAGAGAGCCAUCACUGCAUGAAAUUGGAGAAAAACAAGGACGCUCGAGGAAAAGUUCUGGAACACCGACCAUGAAUGGAGGCAAAGUCGUGAAUCAAGAUUCAACAUAGCUGAGAACUCUUCUCUUCUUCCCCUUCCAAUCCCUU